ACUGUCGCUUGGGCUCCUCUGCCUCCUGCGGCUGCUGCCUCCUCUGCUGCCUCCUCCUUCCCCACCUCCUCGGUCCGGGAGAAUCCGCGGGGGCCUGAGGGGCGGCGGAGGCGGCGGCAGCGGCUGCGAAAUGGAGCCGGGGGCCGGCGGCCGGAGCGCUGCUCGCGAGCAGAGUGCCGGGCCCCCGAGCCCUCGGCAGCCCCCGGAACAGGAGCGGAAGCUGGAGCAGGAGAAGCUCUCCGGGGUGGUGAAGAGCGUCCACCGGCGGCUCCGCAAGAAGUACCGAGAAGUGGGAGAUUUUGAUAAGAUCUGGAGAGAACACUGUGAAGAUGAGGAAACACUUUGUGAAUAUGCUGUCGCAAUGAAAAAUUUGGCAGAUAAUCAUUGGGCAAAAACUUGUGAGGGUGAAGGUCGCAUUGAAUGGUGUUGUAGUGUAUGUAGAGAAUAUUUCCAAAAUGGUGGAAAGAGAAAAGCGCUUGAAAAAGAUGAAAAAAGAGCUAUACUCACCAAUAAGACCACUGCAGCCUUAAACACGCACGAGUCUUCUAAACUUGAAGGACAUUUAACCAACCUCAACUUUACAAACCCUGAAUUUAUAGCUGAGUUGCUACAAGCCUCGGGAAAGAUCAGAUUACUUGAUGUUGGCAGCUGUUUUAACCCAUUUUUGAAGUUUGAAGAAUUUCUAACUGUUGGCAUAGACAUUGUACCUGCUGUAGAGAUGAUGCCAGUUUUUGUUAAAGGUAAUUUUUUGAAGUUAGAUGACUUUGGGAGUGUAUAUAAAUGUGACUUCCUGAACUUACAACUUCAGCAGCCACUCCAGCUUGCACAGGAUGCUAUAGAUGCUUUUUUGAAGCAGCUGAAAAACCCUAUUGAUUCUCUUCCCGGAGAACUUUUUCAUGUGGUGGUUUUCUCUCUUCUCCUUUCCUAUUUUCCAUCACCCUACCAGCGAUGGAUUUGCUGCAAGAAAGCUCAUGAAUUAUUAAUGUUAAAUGGUUUAUUACUUAUCAUCACACCUGAUUCCUCUCAUCAGAACCGUCAUGCUAUGAUGAUGAAAAGCUGGAAGAUUGCUAUAGAGUCCCUGGGCUUUAAACGCUUCAAGUAUUCAAAGUUUUCACAUAUGCAUCUGAUGGCAUUUAGAAAAACCUCCCUAAAAACCACAAGUGACUUGGUUAGUAGGAACUACCCGGGGAUGUUAUAUAUUCCUCAAGAUUUCAACAGUAUUGAAGAUGAGGAAUAUUCUAACCCUUCCUGCUAUGUUCGAUCAGAUAUAGAAGAUGAACAACUGGCAUACGGUUUCACAGAGCUCCCUGAUGCCCCAUACGACUCAGAUUCUGGAGAAAGUCAAGCUAGUUCUAUUCCUUUCUAUGAGCUAGAGGAUCCUAUAUUACUUUUAAGUUAAUAUAAAAAGCAAAAGGCCCUUUCAGUCCAGACUCCUAAACUAACGGCUUACACUAAUUGGAAAUACUAAUAUGAACUCAGUACUUAAAACCUGGUUUGCAUAGAAGAAAUGCAAAGGUUUACAGAGUUUGCUAUUUUUUUCUACUUCUGGAUUUUAAAAUUUAUUCUUGUAUAGAAAGCUUAAAGUUUCAUGCAGAAUGAUUCCUGUCAUAGCAGAAACCACUGUUACUUUAGCAUUUCACACUAAGAUAUAGAAAGGUACCUUUGUUUCUCUUUAGUGCUAUUGUGAAAAAUGAAGCAUAAUUUUCUAUAUAUUUUCUUUUCAGUUGUUCAUUGUUGAUUUUAAACCAUUGUAAUGGGAAACUUUAAGAUAUGUAGAGAGCUGUAGAUUGCACUUUGAUGUCUCAUAAGUUGAAUAUGAUACAUAGAUUGGUUUAGUUUGUGAUGCACUUACCUUUUUCCUUUUUUUCUAACUAAAUUGUUACCUAGUACAGAAAGCUGUUUUCUCCUCAGUUUUGUCUUAUGAUCUAGUCUUUCCUGAACUUUUUGGAACUGGUGAUAAGUCUUCUUUCCCUUUUUCUUCUAUUAAGCUUAUUUGGCAACAUCAGACAUCGGGGAAGAUAUUUCUCCUGAAGUAUGUGUUCUCAUUUCCUCAGCACAGUACAAGAAACACCACUGCCAAAGUGGUAUUUUCAUAACUUUCUCAUCAAUUUGGGCCUUGGUGUUGAAUAUAUUUAUCUGUGACAGUUCACUUUUACUUUUUUUAAAUUUAGGUUUCAUUUACAAAAUUUUCUGUUUAAGCAAGGAACAAUGUAUAAUACUCAAUACUGACUGAAAACACCUUUGUGAAAGGGUUUGCACGUGUACAAGAAUUUAUGUUGUAUUGAGACCAACUUUGAUAGGGUCCCCACCUUUCCACUAAGGAGGUGCUGCACUACAAGUUUGGAAUUAAAUAGAAAAAUUUAAAACUAAGCCUCUGCUUAAAAAUCUCAUAAAAUGGGUUUGACCUUGUGGUCUCCUAAUUUCUUUCUAAACCCUAGCAGAAAAUUUUUCUUUGAAUAUAUAAACCAUUAGUUGGCUGUGGGAAUUUUCCCUUUCCACAUUGAUAAAUGCCUUUCUAUGUUUCUGAAUCAGAAGCAAGUGAUUAAGGAGAAAUAAAUGUCCAAACAAGACAAGUUUAAACAGCUAGAAACAUUUAGUCCACAUUGUCUUGUCAGCCAGCAAUUGUCAUGUAAACUAUCAUUUUUAAGAGUGCCACUGUGUGGAUUUUUUUUCAAGUGGUUAUUACAUUAAAAUUACCUCAUACUGAGGUUUUUGCACUGAAAUAUCACAGUUUCAGAUUUCAUGGCUAAGUGUGUGCACAUGUGUGUGUGUUUGUGUAUGUGUGUGUAUUUUUAAAAGAAACUUGCAUUUUCAAUAAUUGAUGCUAAAUUUCAUAAACUGCACUUCCUUAUCUGGUAAAGCUGAUGUUUUGUGCUUAUUAUGAAUUGCUGUAGUUAACUUUGAAUGUCAGACUUUAUUUAGAAAUACAAAACUUAUCCUUUAAGAUACAAAUGGUUGAGUGUGUGUACCCAAUAUUUCAAAUGAAAUUUCACAUGCUAAAUUAAUUAAUGAAGGUAACGAGAUUGUAGUUAAUAUAAACAGUCAGUGACCAAAUGCAGUAAAUAUUGGUUGCUCAUAUAUACCAUGAGUAACUUAAAAUUUUUCAUUUACUUUCAAUAGCAUAUAAUUCCUUAAUAAGUGGACUUGACUUUUCUUUCCAGUUAAGCACUUCAGGAUCAUGUCUUGUACUUCCAUCAGAACAAAAAAAUGUAAAAGCAGUGUGUUCAGAAUAAUUCCAAAUUGUGUUUUGGUAGUACCCCCUUUGCCAAACUUUUAUUUAGCUAAUCCUAAGAGCAAUGAAAACAAUACACAAGUGAAAGUACUUUGAAAUUAAAUGAAAACAGUGCUUUUGAAAGGUUGGUCCACCUAUGACCAUUGAGACAGCCUUUGUGUUACAGCCAAAAUGUUGGUGCUAUAAAUUCUGAUUGUUUACAGAUGUUGAUUCUGCUUAUGCUCCAAACUGCAUGAUGUAUUUUAAGUAGUACUUUGAAGAAGAAAAUAUGAAACCUACUACCACUUAGUUUAAAUUUAUUUGAAUUUGUAUCACUUGUUACUAUAAAUUUAGCUUACUCAAAUUUGGUUCACACUGGAUUUAAACGAACACUAUUCCACCAAAGCUAGUUCAGUGUAUAUGUUGAGAAAUAUAGGGAGUCAUUGUGGCUUGGUGCCAGAUCACAAUGUGUAAUAACAAAUGAAGUUAAUAGGGCCUUCUAAUACUGUAUGGGUACUCUUAAGAAUGAUUUCAUUUGGAUAUAAAAAAGUUGAGGGGCUUCCUGUCAUGUUCACAUCAAGUUCUACAAAAUAAUUUGACAUUUCAAAAACAAAUGAUAAUCAUACGGUUGGAUCCUUCAGGAUUGUGAAUAGAUCUUGUGGUUUUACCAUCGUUGCCAAGUGGUGGGAGGUAGUGUACCUGAAAAUGUAUGUUUGUGUUUGUUGUAUUUUUUCACAUUUUGUGAGCAAAGCACAUUUAUUAAAAAUUUUAAAUUUUCUAGUA